UAAAAAAGGAAGCCAUAUCUUGCAAAUCUAAGUGAAAAGCACGCGCUUUCCUCCAAUAAAAAACGCCAACCUCACUGCUCUUUCCCCACCAAUCACCCUGCAUUUCCGCUCCUCCACUACCCUUCCGACAGGAGCAAGAAAAACGUUCUAAAACUUAAACAACACAAAUCUUCCUUAAUUUCUCAAAAACACCAGGCACAUACAAAAACGCACAAAUAAUGAGAGAAAUCCUUCACAUUCAGGGAGGCCAAUGCGGCAACCAGAUCGGCGCCAAGUUCUGGGAGGUCAUUUGCGAUGAGCAUGGAAUUGACCAAACCGGAAAGUACAGCGGAGACUCCGAACUCCAGCUCGAGCGAAUUAAUGUUUAUUACAAUGAGGCCAGCGGGGGGAGGUACGUUCCACGCGCUGUUUUAAUGGAUCUCGAGCCGGGCACCAUGGAUUCUGUCAGAUCCGGCCCGUUUGGACAGAUAUUCAGGCCUGACAAUUUCGUUUUCGGACAGUCCGGGGCUGGGAACAACUGGGCUAAGGGACACUACACGGAGGGAGCUGAGUUGAUAGAUUCCGUGCUUGAUGUUGUCCGCAAAGAGGCCGAGAAUUGCGAUUGCUUGCAAGGAUUUCAAGUCUGUCAUUCUUUGGGUGGAGGCACGGGUUCUGGUAUGGGCACGCUUCUCAUUUCCAAGAUCAGGGAGGAGUAUCCAGACCGCAUGAUGUUGACAUUCUCAGUUUUUCCUUCCCCGAAGGUAUCGGACACUGUUGUUGAGCCAUACAAUGCUACCCUGUCUGUUCAUCAACUUGUUGAGAAUGCAGAUGAAUGUAUGGUUUUGGAUAACGAGGCUCUGUACGAUAUUUGUUUUCGUACUCUCAAGCUUUCAACUCCGACUUUUGGUGAUCUCAACCACCUGAUUUCUGCUACAAUGAGUGGUGUCACCUGCUGUCUGCGGUUCCCUGGACAGCUCAACUCUGACCUGCGGAAACUUGCGGUUAACCUUAUCCCAUUCCCACGGUUACAUUUCUUCAUGGUUGGGUUUGCACCCUUAACGUCCAGAGGCUCCCAGCAGUACCGGGCUCUUACAGUUCCUGAACUGACCCAACAAAUGUGGGAUGCCAAGAACAUGAUGUGUGCUGCUGACCCACGUCAUGGUCGCUAUUUGACUGCUUCAGCCAUGUUCCGUGGUAAGAUGAGCACCAAAGAGGUCGAUGAACAGAUGAUCAAUGUCCAGAACAAGAAUUCAUCCUACUUUGUCGAGUGGAUUCCAAACAAUGUUAAGUCUAGUGUGUGUGAUAUCCCGCCGAAGGGUCUGAAAAUGGCAUCUACGUUCAUUGGAAACUCAACCUCAAUUCAGGAGAUGUUCAGGCGUGUUAGCGAGCAAUUCACUGCUAUGUUCAGGCGUAAAGCUUUCUUGCAUUGGUACACUGGUGAGGGAAUGGACGAAAUGGAAUUCACCGAGGCAGAGAGUAACAUGAACGAUCUUGUGGCCGAGUACCAACAAUACCAGGACGCUACUGCCGACGAUGAGGAAUACGAGGAAGAAGAAGAGGAGGAGGAGAUUGCAGGUUAAGGUGUCUUAUAAUUAUUUCUAUCAGAUAUCCAAAUCUCUUGAUCUGUUAGGAUCUUUUCAGUGAGUGAUUGGUGAACUUGUCAUCAAUGGAUCAAUUAGAUUCAUAGUUUAUAUGUAUGGUAUGAUUUGUGCAUUGUAUUUGAGAUGGGCUUUUUGUUCAUUCAUGUUAAUGAUGAAUGAAUGUUUUGAUGCUA